CGAAUCGGCUAGGCAGUGACCUUAAUAACCUCUACUGCCCUUCUUCUUGUAAAUCCUAGUCUUUGCGGAGGCAACCACCGCGCAAUGGUUCUUCUACGUCCCGCUCCACCCCCUCCCACCACCGCCCUCUACUCGACGCACCCUCUAAAACCCACUCUCUCUCGUCUCACCCUUAAACCCUUUUAUCAUGGCAGCAAAACCCACAACAAGAACAAGGCUAAGAGAGGAAUAUGUAGAGCGGAGUUCUCGCAAGACGCACCCUUUGCCGCCGCAAUCGGCGUGUCUAUGCUGAGCUCGCUGCUGUUUCCUGUUACGGGUUCCAGGGAGGAAGAAGAUGGUGAUUCGGCUAUUAAUUUGGGUGAUAUGAGGUACGCCGCCAUGGGGAUCAUCAGCUUCAUCCCCUACUUCAAUUGGCUGAGUUGGGUCUUUGCCUGGCUUGACACUGGGAAGCGGCGCUAUGCUUUGUACUCUCUUGUUUACCUUGCUCCCUACCUAAGAUCCAAUUUGUCACUUUCCCCAGAAGAGAGCUGGCUUCCUAUUGCAAGCAUUGUUUUUGGCAUCAUUCAUGUCCAGCUAGAGGCAAGUAUUAGUAAUGGAGAUAUUCAAGGAUUCCAACUAUUUAGCAGAGCUACAGACCACUUUUCAUCAAUAAAUAGAAAGAAAGAUUCACAUGUCAGAGGAGAUCAAGGGGUUUCUAAGGCGAGAAAACAGGAGGAGCAAAUGAAUCUUCCUAAUGCUGACCAAAAAUCAAGAAAUGAAAUCCGGAAAUGGGGAGUUCCUAAAAAGCCCUCAGAACAUCAUGAACAGUCAAAUGAUGGAUGGGAUGAUGAUGAGAGGAGUGAACAAUAGAAAGAAAAAAUCAUGAUUGAGCUAGCUGUAUUACCAACAUCUUGCCAUUCUUCAGUUGUUGAAAGACAUUCAAAUUAUAUCAGCAAGAAUCAUGAUAGAGGGUAGGUAACUGGAUUGAAGGAGAUUACCAACUUUUUGCUGUUCCAUCUAAUCAUCAAUUACAAAUAGAAUUUUAGAUCGUUUAGACUUUAGAAAUAGAAUUCAGAUCACCCCUUUUUGCAGGGUCAAUGUUUCCUUAACCAUCACACAAUUUUUUGCUUGUAUGAGGAGGCAGGAUUCACUAGAAAGAUGAGUUUCAGACCCUCUAGCAAAUUGUUAAUGUAUACAAGUCUAGUCAAUAUUUAGUCUUUUCAUUUUUUCGAUAAAGAUGACCCAAGAUU